UGGUAUCAGGAUGAACUCCCCCACAGGCAUCCCAGAGUGUGGAGCUGAUGCCCUUCGGUUCACUCUGUGCUCCACCAACUUCAAGAGUCACUGUGGCAUAGAUAGAUGAACGUGUAUGACUGUGGUGCUUCGAGUCUUGUGUGGAGUUACCAGGUGGUAACACGGAGAGCAAGUGGAAGAAACCUUGGGGGACUUCCAUGACUCAGGAACAAGCACACCUCACUGGGAGCCUUGUGACUGACAGGUGGUUCAGAUGUCAAAACCCCUCAGGAAGCAAACAGCUCAUGCAGGGAAACCACAGAAUGCCUAACUUCUGAUCUGAAGAAGAAUGAAACAAGAAUGAAGAAAUGAAGAAGGAAAUAUAAAAAUAGAAAGAAUGAAUGAGGGAAGAAGAUGAUAAACACGACAGCAGGUAGCAAGAAGGUAUCACCACCCUGAUAGAGAAGAGGCGAGACGUGGCCACCGAGAAGAACAACAAGGUGCGGUGAGUCAUCACAACACUAACAGGGCCGGAGAUUAGCACAAGAUUACAAGAAGAGGUACUCAGGUGGCCAUCAAUGAAUUAGAAUACGAGGGAAGCAGAGGUCACCAGGAGCAGAUGAUGUGGACAACACGGACAGCCGGCACACCAUAGGAACCGCCGCCUUCUUGUUCCUGAUUAGAAGAUGCGAUUACCAAAGCUACUCAGGAAUGAAUCUUAUUGAAAGUUAAGAGAAAAUAAACUGUCUGAUCGAAGUAUGGGAAGAAAAAUAGAGUUACUUGAAAGUGGACCUUGCGGAAAGUAUAGGAAAAUGAACCAUAUGAUCAAAGUUUGAGAAAAUUAAUAUACCUACUUGAAAAUUAACCUUAUUGAACGUUACAGGAAAAUGAACCGUAUGAUCGAAUUACUGGAAAAUAAAUGUUAUAGCAACGGGAGCCUUGUUGGGACAAAAGGUCGCUAUAACAUCACGUGUAUAUUACAAGGUGUAGGAGACGGGAAUAGACAGAAGCAGACAGAGAGACAAGCUACACCAGAGAGGGUCAAGAUGGGCAAGGUCCCUGUCACAGUGCCAGAGCAAGGAGGCGGAGUGGGACGCGCGUUGUGGCACCAACACAGAGGCAGGCAGCCUGAAGCAAGGGCAGUAACACAGAGGCAGGCAGCCUGAAGGAAGGCCAGCAACACAGAGGCAGGCAGCCUGAAGGAAGGCCAGCAACACAGAGGCAGGCAGCCUGAAGCAAGGGCAGUAACACAGAGGCAGGCAGCCUGAAGGAAGGCCAGCAACACAGAGGCAGGCAGCCUGAAGGAAGGCCAGCAACACAGAGGCAGGCAGCCUGAAGGAAGGCCAGCAACACAGAGGCAGGCAGCCUGAAGGAAGGCCAGCAACACAGAGGCAGGCAGCCUGAAGGAAGGCCAGCAACACAGAGGCAGGCAGCCUGAAGGAAGGCCAGCAACACAGAGGCAGGCAGCCUGAAGGAAGGCCAGCAACACAGAGGCAGGAGUUUGAGCCAUGGAUGACAACGUGGAGGAGUGUCCAGUGUGCCUCACCACCUUUGACGACACCCUCAGGCGGCCACGCAACCUGCCCUGUGGCCAUACAGUGUGCUCGCCGUGCAUUGACGGACUGAAGCAGCAGGGUGCCAUCACGUGCCCCACCUGCCGGGCGAGUCACGCCGUGCCCGAGGCGGGCCAGUUCCCCAUCUCCUAUAUUACAGAGGGCCUUAUCAGGAGACUGAGAAGACUGGCCUCUCUGCCAGCCGAGCCAGGGAAGCAGGCAGCCCCACCAGUGACACGGCCUGCACCAAAGGCGACAACGGGAUUCAGCAGGAAGGCACAGUCCCUCCUGCAGGAGCAAGAAGUGAAGGUCCUGGCUGCCAUCCGCUCCUGCCAGGAGGAGCAGAGCCAGCUGGCCGAGUAUCUGACAACCCUCGGUGGCUGGAGCAGUCGCCAGCAGCGGCUGCAAGACGAGCCGCAGACUCUGGUGGACCAGAGCAAGAGUGCCCAGGAGGCGGUGCACCGCGAGGAGUCCCGGGUAGAGGGCAGGCAGGAGGAGGUGCGGCAGAAGGAGCAGCAGCUGCACGCCGCGCUACAGUCGCUGCGCACGGCCGCAACACGGCAGGAAGCUUACGAGGUCAUUGAGGACACAGACCUUCUGGUGGAGAAGGACAGUCAGACAGAGGGGUGUCUGGGAGUGUUUCCCAACGUCCACGCCGUCACCACCGUCACCAGGGUGGGUGUGGCCUCACACUUGUUGUGCUUGCAGGUCACUCCUCUGGCCACGGUGGCAGAGGCAUCGCGCGCAGCCCUGCAGGCCGCCACCGCUGCCGCUGCUGCCACACAGGCAGCCCUGAAGGCAGCGGGCACUGCUGCUGCAGCCUCGGGGGACUCCAGCCUCCCAGCAGCCUGGGCCGAGGCCUCCUCCAUCGCGGAUAGGCUGCAGGCCCUGCUGGCGCCGCCCCUGACGGCCGAGGACCUGCACAGCCUAACACAGCGUGCCAGGGGCCUGGUGGAGGCCGGCCUUGUCUUCGCCGUCCACGACGUGAAGGGACAGACUCGGCACGCAAGGAUCAGCCUUGAAGACGGCAGCCUUUACCUCCACUCCCUGCAGGCCCAGGUCCUGCCGAACUUCAUCGCCACCCUGCAGAUGGGGAAGGUGGUGCCGGCCGCCCCCCCCUGCGAAGUGUUCCUGGACCUGGCGUGGCCCGGCAGCGCGGCGCGGCGGGUGGUGGUGAGUCUACCCCAGGACACCCCCAGGGGCCGGCAGUUCAUGCUGCUGUGCUCGGGCCAGCGGGGCGCCUGCUACGCCAACACCAGGCUGUUUAACGUGAUGCGUGAGGGACAGCCGGGGGAGUGUGUGGUGGGAGGAGACUACCAGACAGGUGAUGGGAGGGGAGGAGCCGCCCUGCUGCCUCACCUUGACCAGGGUGAGUACUGGCAGUCAGGCAAGGCGGGGGCUGUGUGGUGGUGGCGGUGGCGUGGUGACCCUGCCCGUGGUGCUCAGUUCAGCAUCACCACCCGGGGCGUGCAGCGUGGUAGUAUUUGGUGUGGUGUCUUUGGCCAGGUGGUGCGGGGCCUGGAGGUGGUGCAGGAGGCAGCCCAGCACCGCCCCGUUACUGAGGUGACUGUGGUGCAGUGUGGCGUGGUGCUGUCAAGAUAGUGCUGCACCACACCACACACCACACACCACCACACCACACCAUUACCAAUAUUAUUAAUUUUUUUUAAGAGGAAAGAAGCAAACACACACACACACACACACACACACACACACACACACACACACACACACACACACACACACACACACACGGACACACAGACAGACAGACAGAUAGACAGACACAUACAGACACACACACACACAGUUCAGCGUGCAUGUCGUGGUGCUGGCAGUGUGUUGUGAUGGUGGCGGUUGUUGGUGUAAAUACUGGCGGCAGGACACACCACUUCACACAUUGGUCCUUCACUAACAACACAAAUAAAGUUUUCAUCAGCAAACACUUCUGUCACCAGUGUUCACAUCACUGGUCCACACUGUCUCAUCUUGCUUCUCCUCAAUAACAUUAUUGUACAAACACAAA